CCGCAUUGAAGAACAGACAGAAGAGAGAGAAACGCUGUCUUGCUACGCAUUCGAGUCACCCUUCCUGACUAGUCCCUCCCCCCAAACAAAUAUCAUCUGAUACAUUCUCCAUUUACAAAGAUGGACCGUUCCAACAAGCCCUCCGCCAUCGGGGUGGGUGCCUCCAUCCCUCAGCCCACCGUCAACUUCCACGACAACAAGGUCCAGGCCACCCUGCCCACUGGCGAGUCGGUCACCGUUCACCUGUAUGGAGCGACCGUCACAUCUUGGAAGCUUGCCAAUGGCAAGGAGCAAUUGUUCGUCAGCGAAACGGCUCACCUGGAUGGCUCCAAGCCCAUCCGCGGUGGUAUCCCCGUGGUCUUCCCGGUUUUCGGCCCUCCCCCUUCGAAUCACGCUACGUCCUCCCUCCCGCAACACGGCUUCGCACGGAACUCGAACUGGGAGUUUCUGGGCAAGUCCUCGUCCGAGUCCCUCGGAAAAGACCGCAAGGAAGGAGAUGACGCGGUCAAGUUGGACUUCGGGCUGUCGCACCCCAUGCUGAGCGAGGAGUUUCAGAAGGCGUGGCCCUACCAGUUUGGUCUGGUGUACAGUGUCACCCUGACCAAGGAGGGUCUCGAAACAUCCCUGCAGGUGCAGAACAAGGGCGAGCAGAACUUCGAAUUCCAGGUUCUGCUGCACACUUAUCUGAGCGUCGAGGACAUCUCGCAGAUCCGCGUCAAGAACCUCCAGUCCAAGGAGUAUGUCGACAAGACCCAAGGUGGUGCCGUUCAGACGGAAGCCUCUUCUGCGGUUGAGAUCGACAAGGAGACCGAUCGGGUGUACAAGUCCCUUGAUCCGAAGGUUCCGAUUGAGGUUACCACGGUCUCCGAUGAUCAACCCCUGUUCUCCAUUACCCGGGAAGCCCUGACCGAUGUUGUGGUGUGGAACCCCUGGAUCGAGAAGGCCAAGGGAAUGGCCGACUUUGGUCCGGAUGAGGCUUACAAGAACAUGAUCUGUGUCGAGGCCGGCUCCGUCGCUGGGUGGCAGACGCUGGAGGCGGGAGAAUCCUGGGAGGGCGGCCAGACUAUCCGGCCGAGGCUAUGAUUUGCCGGAUGUUGCCCGUCGAUCGAUGCAUCGAUGUUUAAGCGAGCUAAGUUGCACAUGAAGAUAGAGAUAAAUACGCCGUGAACGUGUACAUGAAUCAAGUCCUUUGCCCCGCAGAUGCAGGUGUAUUCAAAAAUGAUCUCAAAGCAAGGCCUUUGUACUGAUCCAUAGGUCCAUGACCUAGUUCUUCUCGUG